GUGAAUAUUUCGCAAACGAAAAUGAAUUUCCGUCUGAAUAUUUGCCUGUUACUGACUCUGCAGGGCUUCGUCGUAGGCAUUGCGUCAGCACCGACCAGCACGGAUCUUCAGAAAAAUCAGGAUACCCAGAAGCUGUCAGACGGUGAAGCGGAAGCAAAGAAUGAGCAAAAACCGGAUACUCGAGGUCUGUCAAUCCCGUUUUUGCCCUCGAACGAAUCCCCAGCAUCGGGAUCAGGGCUUUCUGGGCUUCCUAAUGUCGGCUCGAUGACUUCCGGGGCCAAGAUGUACCUCGGGGCCUUCCAGGUGAUGGCAAUGCCAAUGCCGAGCCUGAGUGGAAUGGCGGAAAUGCUUGGCAAUCUUGCCAAUCUUCCAGCGUCGAUCUCCAGCAUCGGAAAUCUCGGAGGCCUGAACGGCGGAUCUUCGACUCAAGGAUAACU